GUUACAUGCUUGAAAUGCCGAAUGACCAAGGUAGACACCAUGGGAAUGUGGUCUGCCAGGAGUGAUUAUAUACUCCACAUAUCCUCACGUGAUUUCGAGCCUCCUCCUCGACGCCCCCGAAGCCGAAAGUUCCAGGCUGUCCGUCCAGCUCCGAGUGGGAAGGUGGACUUGGUGAUUACUGAAGACGACGACUGGGAGUUCGAAAGCUGACUUGAAUUCCUCUUACACCAAGGAGAAUACGCCGAAAUACGACGACCAUCUUUUGCAACCCUUCUUUUUUUUCCUGUCUUCUUCUUCUCUCUCUCUCUCUCCACCUCCCUCAUUGUUCCGCCUCAUCUUCUUGACCCUUGAUCGUUAGGCCAGUUCCACUGCCCAAGAUGGAUUGGAACAACCUCAAAGACACCGUCUCCAACCUGACCUUGUAUGAUGUCAAGGCAGGCGUUAGAAAAGUUCAGAAUGCCGUGAUGAAUUACACGGAAAUGGAGUCCAAAGUCAGAGAAGCGACGAAUAACGAACCAUGGGGGGCUUCUUCUUCGUUGAUGCAGGAGAUUGCCAAUGGCACGUUCAACUACUCCACCUUGAGUGAAAUCAUGCCCGUGAUCUACCGCCGCUUCACCGAAAAGUCCGCCGAGGAGUGGCGCCAAAUCUACAAGGCCCUCCAGCUACUUGAGUUCCUCGUCAAGCACGGUUCGGAGCGGGUCAUCGACGACGCCCGGAGCCACAUCACCCUCCUGAAGAUGCUCCGCCAGUUUCACUACAUCGACCAGAACGGCAAGGACCAGGGCCUCAACGUACGCAACCGCGCCAAGGAACUGACCGACCUCCUCAGCGACGUCGAACGCAUCCGGGCCGAACGGAAGAAGGCGCGCGCCACCAAGAACAAGUACACCGGCGUCGAGGGCGGCAGGAGCUUCGGCAGCGGCGGCUUUUCCGGUGGGAGUGGAGGCGGCGGCGGCGGCGGUGGCAGCGGCCGCUAUGGUGGGUUUGGCAGCGAGACCACCUUUGGCGGGUACUCGGGCGGCGUGUACGGCGAUGGCGGCGGCUUUGGGGGCCAGUCGGACGACUGGCGGGGGGAGUCUUCGGCAAGCGGAUCGCGGGGUGGUGGUGCCGACAGGUUUGAGGAAUACGACGAGUUUGACGAGGGGGAGCGACCAGCAGUAGCAGCCUCCAGCAGCACCAGCAGUGCAGCGGCGGCCCGGUCGAAGAGGGUGGAGCGCACGACGGCCAAGCCGGAACCGCCCAAGAAGAAGGAGCCCGAGGUCGACUUGUUCUCGUUUGACGAACCGGCUUCGACUUCGUCGGCGGUACCGGCGGCGUCCAUGGGCUCCGGACUCGCCGGCCUAUCGUCGACGACGGCCCGGAAUGCGGACGACGACGACGACGAGUUUGAUGACUUCCAAUCGGCACCGCAGACGGGCGCCCCGUCGGCACCCCCCGUCACGUCGACCGCUCCUUCGACGGCCGCCUUCGCCAUGCCCAAACCCGUGGCGCUGCCCCAGCAAACCAACGUCAGCAACAUCGUGAACCUGACGUCCCCUGCCCCUUCGACGACGUCGGGCGGACCCAACUACUCGGCCUUCGCCGCCCCUGCCCUGGCGUCGCCGGCUCCGCAGGCGCCCAAGGUGGGCGGGUUCCAGGCUGCGGCGCCCAACUACUUCGGAUCGGUCCCGAUCGCCACGCCGCCGGCGACUGGCAGCUCGGGGUCCGGCAUGGCAGGUGCUAAGCCUGCCACUACGACGGCGACGACGGCAUCGAAGCCGGCGCCUGGCGGGGACGUGUUCGGCGCUUUGUGGUCGCAGGCGAGCUCUGGGGUGAAGAAGGCACAGACGGGACCCAAGACCGGACCGGCACUGGGCCAACUGGCCAGGGAAAAGAGCAGCGCUGGCAUCUGGGGGGCAGCUGCGCCCGCUGGGGCUUCAUCGACGGCCAAGCCGGCUGGGGGGUCGUCUAACUCUACAGGGAACGGGCUGGAUGACUUGCUGGGCUGAAUAAAGGUGGGAGAGGAGCGCUUUGAACAGAGGUCAUGGAAAGGGGACGAGGUGACAAUAUCUUGGAAGGCUUUGGGAGUCAUUCAGCAUUUUUUCUCCCAGGGUAAUAGGCCGAGCAGAGAGGCUUGAUAUUAUGCCCGGGAGAGAGCCUUUUUUUUUCUUUUUUUCUUUUCUUUUUCUCGGCAUUGUCGCGUUUAACGAGACGGAUUUCAGUACGAAUUCGAGGAAGCAGAGCAAACCAAAAGCCGAUAAGUCUUGAGUAGAUAGGCGUACGGGCGCGUGAAAACUGCUAUUUCUGCUGACUGAUCUUCCAUGACAGAACAGGGUGCAGAGUUAGGACCAUUUUCGCAACAUACACUCCAUAAUGCAGUGUCCUAUGUACUAGCAAUGACUUUCGGAG